AGAAACCGUUGCAUUAAUGGAAAGUUCAAGGUAGUGGCAUGAUGUUUGUCGCAGCUUCAUUACUUUCCAAACAUGCUCCAUAGACAUCUCGAACCAUCCCUUCUCACCAUUUCAUAUUGUAGAUAUUAUUCCUUGGACGCUCCGCCCAAAUUUCUAAUUCUCUAUAAAGAGCUGAGGGUCAUUACUUCUGUAAUGGAUUUAAUCUAAACUUUGCCAAUUCCGUCAAAUCAUCUAUGGUCCAGUGGAAACGCUCCAGAUCUCUCACACAUGGCCUUAUCUCAAUCACAGCAGACUUAAUGUCCCUCCAGGUGCCAACCAUCUGUGUCGUUACAGGUGAGGCCUCUGCUGCUGGGUUCAUGUUAGCUCUUUCUCAUGAUUAUGUGGCAAUGCAUGCGGACAAUGGGUUUCUUUGCAUGAGUGAUCUUAAUAAUCUGGUAACUAAUCGAUACUUCUUGAGCAUGAUGAAGGCCAAGGUUAAAGAUGAGGAAAUGUUUAAGGAUUUGGUGUUCCGAUCACUGAAGAUUCCAGCAAUAGAGGCAAUGGAUAAGGGGGUAAUUGAUUUCGUCGAGAAAACAGCAACGGAGACAGUGGAGGCGGCGUUAAAAUUGGGGCAACUUCUGGCAAAGAAAAACUGGAAUGGGAAAGUUCAUGCUUCCCUUAGGAAGAGGGCAUUUCCAGAAAUAGGUAGGGCAAUUGGGUUACCAGAUGAGGGCAAUGAAGUGUGAUAGAGUUCAUUUCUGCUAAACCGCUGGCCCAUUUGCUUGGGCUCCUAAUGAUAAAGGUCGGUAGGAAAUAAAUAAAAGUUAGUUUUGUUGCUUGUUGCUUAUUACUUGUUUCCUUUAAUGUAGAAGGCUUGCUGAAAUUAUGCAAAGUUUUAAAACUAUUUCGUAACUGUUUCAUAAACUUGAAGGCAUUGUCUUCAAGAGGUGAGAAAUUAGAUGGAAUAAUUGAGAAUUCUGAUUGAUAAGAGUUUAAAAGUAUCAAUAUUAAUGUGAUAGUUCAGCAAUGACAGAAAAUAGAAUGUUCUCUAAAAUCAUGGGAGCU